AAUAGCAAUAAAAAAUAUCAAUCUGCGUAGACUCUCUUAUAUAGUGAACGCCGGCGCCGUGGCAAUUGCCGUUACCCCAAUUCUCAUAGCCGACUUUUCGACCUCAACUUCGGCGGUCGAGAUUAUGGCGGCUACUAAUCAGCUCAAUGUGGACUACCGGCCGUCGUGGGGGUCUCGGAGCGUCGAGUGUUUCGAAAAACUCGAGCAAAUUGGGGAAGGGACUUACGGUCAGGUAUAUAUGGCCAAAGAAAAGAGAACUGGAGAGAUUGUCGCGUUGAAAAAGAUACGAAUGGAUAAUGAAAAAGAGGGGUUUCCCAUCACUGCGAUCCGAGAAAUAAAAAUUCUAAAGAAGCUACAGCAUGAAAAUGUUAUUCACUUGAAAGAGAUAGUGACAUCUCCUGGUCGGGAGACCAGCGAACAAGUACAGCCAGAUGCAGAGAACAAUAAGUACAAAGGAAGCAUUUAUAUGGUGUUUGAAUACAUGGAUCACGACUUAACUGGCCUGGCUGAUCGUCCUGGACUAAGAUUUACUGUUCCACAAAUAAAAUGUUACAUGAAGCAACUACUCACAGGUCUUCAUUACUGCCAUGUUAAUCAAGUUCUUCACAGGGACAUAAAAGGCUCCAAUCUUCUUAUUGAUAAUGAGGGAAACCUGAAGCUUGCAGAUUUUGGACUUGCACGUUCGUUUUCUAAUGACAUUAAUGCUAAUCUUACAAAUCGUGUUAUUACAUUGUGGUACAGACCUCCAGAGUUACUUCUUGGAGCUACAAAGUAUGGUCCAGCUGUUGACAUGUGGUCUGUAGGCUGUAUCUUUGCUGAGCUAUUGUAUGGAAAACCGAUCUUACCGGGAAAGAAUGAGCCCGAACAGUUGAAUAAAAUAUUUGAGCUUUGUGGAACCCCUGAUGAGUUGAUAUGGCCUGGUGUUUCGAAGAUUCCUUGGUAUAACAAAUUUAAGCCCACUCGUCCGAUGAAAAAGCGAAUCCGGGAGCUCUUUAGACUUUUUGACCGACAUGCUUUGGACUUGCUGGAGAAAAUGCUAGUUCUUGAUCCUGCUCAGAGAAUCUCAGCAAAGGAUGCUUUAGAUGCUGAAUAUUUCUGGACUGAUCCCUUACCUUGUGACCCAAAAAGUUUGCCAAAAUAUGAAUCAUCACACGAAUUCCAAACAAAGAAGAAGAGACAGCAACAACGACAGAAUGAUGAGACUGCAAAACGGCAGAAGGUGCAGCAUCCACAACAACAUGCUCGCUUGCCCCCUAUCCAACAAUCUGGACAGUCCCAUCCACAGCACUGGAACGGCUCCGGUCAUCAGAUGAACAACAACUCUCAGAUGCCAAUGAAUGGUGCGCCUAGUCAUCAACAAUAUGUAAAGCCACGCGGCCCACCAGCAGGUCCCAGCAGAUACCCUCCAGGCGGGGCUGGCGGUGGUGGUGGUUACUACCAAGAUCGUGGAGGAUACAGUAGUGCCCCAUUCCCCUCACAGGGGCGAGGACCCCCACCGUAUCCUGGAAACACAGCUCCCUCAAACGGCCCCCGAGGGACAGCUGGUGGAUAUGGGGCUCCUCCUAACUCCUCACAAAGCGGUCAAUAUGGCGGAAGGGGUCAGAAUCCCAUGGGUGGCAGCAGGAACCAGCAGUAUGGCUGGCAGUAAUAGUUAAGACAAGUAAGUAGCCGUUACUUCAUACACGCGUGAUUUCAUUUACCGACGAUGUGGAGGACCUGGUGCCUCCAUUGGAUACAGUUUUGCAAAUUGUUACUAGGCUUUGUAUAUCUAGUGAUUCUUCUUGAUUAAUUGGUAUAGAUUGCCUCAAGAAUGAGUGGGGUGAUUGUUAUAUGUUGUUGGGAUCUGUUAUCUGUAACUAGAGAUGGAUUUUUGAAUUUCUAUAUGUAAUAGAUCAAUUUUAAAUUAA